UCUCGUGUGUAACCUAAAUACAUACUUACAUAUAAUACAUACAAAUAGUAAAUAUUUUAAUCAAAUGAAUAAAAAUAAAAAUAUACGUAAACGAAAAAAAGUGUUACAUAAAAAUAAACUUUCUGAUAGUCAAGUUACUCAUAACAUAAUUACUAACGAACAUCAUUUCUCUACAAUUAAUAAUGAUUUAUUCAAUGAAAAUAAUAAGAAUCAAGCAGCUACACAUUUAUACACUUUUCAUAGAUGGAAAUCUUUUAAUGUUGUUGGCAAUGAAAAAACUAUAUUCUCAAAGAAAAAAAGAAUUGGUGGAAUUAUUUUAUUAAAUACAAUUGUGGUUAUAAUCUUUAUUAUAUUAACUCAAUCAGAAAGAAAAAAAUUGAUCAUCAAUGAAGAUAAUAUCAAAAAAGUUCCAGAUGUUGAAGUACCUAUACCUCCGUCUCAUAGUAAAUUACGAAAAUUUAGAGGGGGUGGCGCCAUUUGUGCUGAUGAUAAUAGGUGUGCAGAAAUCGGAAAAUCAAUUCUUGAAAGAAAUGGAUCUGUAGUUGAUGCUGCUAUUGCAACAGCAAUCUGUAAUGGCUUGGGAAAUAUGCAAAACAUGGGUAUUGGAGGUGGAUUUUUCAUGACGAUAUAUAAUAAAGCUACUGGAAAAGCUUAUAACUUGAAUGCACGAGAUCGUGCUCCGUUAGCAGCACAUACGAAUAUGUAUAAAAAUAAAAAUGGGAAAGCAUCAAUAAAUGGCCCUCUUUCAAUAGCUGUCCCUGGUGAAAUGGCUGGAUAUUGGGAAGCUCAUCAGAAAUUCGGAAAAUUACCUUGGGUUGAAUUGUUUAAUGAUACUAUAAAGCUUUGUAGAAAUGGGUAUAGUUUACACCAAAUUCAGUAUGAUGACUUGUUUAGAACUCAUAGUACAAAAACUGAUCCUACAUUAAGAUUUCGGUUUUUUAAUGAAUCAACUCAAAAAUUCAAACCUCCAGGAAGUUUAAUAAAACUGGGAAAUCUUUGUGAUACUUUGCAAAUUAUUGCAAAUAAAGGUGCAAAUGAAUUGUAUAAUGGAUCACUGGGCCACAUGUUAAUUAACGAUUUGCGAAAAUUAGGUAGUAUUUUAACGAUAAACGAUAUACAAAAUUAUACUGCAAAGUGGCAAAAUACUUUAGAAACACGUUUUUCGGAUGGAAGUAUUUUGUACACAUCAAAUUUCCCGAGUAGUGGAGGACUUUUGAUAUUUAUUCUUAAUGUACUUAACGAAUUUAAUUUUACUAGAGAAAGUUUUUCAGAAAAUAAUAUUACAAUUAACACAUAUCACAAAAUAAUAGAAACAUUUAAAUUUGCAUUUGCACUAAGAAGUAAAAUGGGUGAUUCUGACUAUGUUAAUAUGACAGAGAUUGCUGGUAAUUUAACAUCAAAGCAUUAUGCUAAAUUGAUAAUGACACAAAUUGACGAUAGUAAAACAUGGAAUGAUCCGAAACAUUAUCAUGGAGAGACACACGUUUUGGAAGAUCAUGGAACUUCUCAUAUUUCUGUUAUUUCUCCAUCUGGUGAUGCUGUUUCUCUAACAAGUAGUCUGAAUACAUACUUUGGAAGCGGUAUUGUAAGUGAAUCAACCGGAAUCUUAUUAAAUAGUGCAAUGGAUGAUUUUGUGAUUCCAUCAAUUGUAAAUUAUUAUGGUCUUUCUAGUAGCGACAAGGAAAAUUUAAUUCAACCUGGUAAAAGACCUUUAUCAUCUAUGGCACCAUCACUUCUUGUUGAUUCUGAUGGAAAUAUUAAAGUGGUUAUUGGUGCUGCUGGUGGUACAAAAAUAAUCACUUCUAUAGCUUAUGUAAUAGCAAGAAUUUUAUGGAUAAAAGAUACAGUUAAAGAAGCUGUUGAUGCUCCUAGAAUUCAUCAUCAGCUGUUACCAAUGAAACUUGAAUAUCAGUAUGGUAUUAUGAAACCGAUUAUUGAGGGUCUACAAAAAUUAGGCCAUAUAACAUCUAGAUACAGGGGUCGAGGAAGUGUUGUAUGUGCAUUGAUUCAAGUUAAUGGCACUAUAUAUGCAAAUGCAGAUUAUCGAAGAGCUGGAGAUGUUUCUGGCAUCAACGAAUGUACUAUUUAACUACCAAAUGAAUAAAAUUAAUAAAAUAUUUUAUCAUU